UGUUUUUGAAGGCCCUGGAUCACCAGGACAGAGGAAACACCCACAAAUAUACACAAUUUAUGAACCAGGGGCGGACUGACAACUCAUGUGGGCCCCCGGGCAAUACGGGAUCAUGGGGCCCCUGUGUCCUUGCCCAAACUCAAAAAAAACCUAUGAAAAAGGUACCAGGGGCAUCUCAUGGGGCCCCCUACUGACCCCGGGCCCUCGGGCAGUGCCCGAGUUUCCAAAAUGGUCAGUCCGCCCCUGUUAUGAA